AUGAUCAUCUACCGGGACUGCAUCAGCCAGGACGAGAUGUUCUCGGACAUCUACAAGAUCCGCGAGGUGGCGAACGGCCUGUGCCUGGAAGUGGAGGGCAAGGGUGCAGCAGUGUAUGUGAAUUACAAGAGUAAUUCAGUCAGGGGCAUGGCACGUUGGAUGAGGGAGGCUUUGGGAGCUACAGGGAACUACUUCCAGCAGUACCUGAGAUUUGUUUCCUGUACCAGGAUCUCUUUCAGACUCUCAAAACCAAGUGAAUACACCGUCAAACCAAAGACUUCCGAAAGGCACUGCCCAACAUCAGCCCCUCCAGAAGACCUGUUUGAGCUGGACAGUGACUGUGUCGCGGAGCACCUGAAGCUCUGCCAAUCCCCCGGCCCCGUGAGGAGAUGCUAUUCCGAUGGACAGACCUUCUUUCUCCUGUUCCCAGAUGGAAGCGGCCAGGUUUACUACCCGUCGGGCAACGUGGCCGUGCUGAUCACCUUCACUGAGGAGGCCCGGUUCACCUACCUCGUCCUGGAGGACAGCGGGUGCCUGGGCGUUAGGGCUGCCUUCGGGAGCCGCGGCCACGGGGUCUGCUUCCACCCUGACGGGCAGAGCUGGAUCAUCCUGACCCCUCGCACUGGGAUCUGCUUUGACCAGGCAGGGGGGAGCCAGAAGCACUGGAGCUGGCACGACCUCAGCCGCCACGUGCACGGCCCCCCUUUCCAGCCCAUCGCCGCGACACUGAACGGCCACCUCACCCUUAAGAUUGUGUCCCAGGAUCAGAUCCACCUGUGGUUCACGAGCCACAGCCACUGCAUCCGCUUCAACGUGGGGGCCCGGCUCAAGGUGAGCGCUCGCCCUGAAGACCCCAGGACAAGCCACCUGCUAAAAGGGCUCGAAAGCGAAGAGGAGCUCUUCCUGCAGUCCAAAAAGACUCAGCUCAGUAGCCUGCUCGCCAAAAUAGAGGCAAUUUUGCAGUAGUUUUGGCAGUGCCUCAGUGAUAUCACUUCUCGCGUUUCAU